UUUUCCACUUCUGUUAGGGGCAUACCAUUGUAACCGAUUAUGCCGUUUUCCUCAUAUUCUGCUUCUUUUCCGGGUUUCUUUUCCGUUACGGACCUGUUUCAUUUACUUCACCUUGUCUUUGUGUAUUCAUUUUUGUAAUUUAAAGCACGAGCAAGGGUAUUAAUGGCAACUCAUGCUAAAAAAUAAGGUUACUUUGUGAAGAUGAAAAAUUGGCAAGAUAAUAAAACGCACCCCAAAUGCUCUUUCACACCAACUCGCUUUCCCUUUUCUUCAAUGACUUCUUCCUCAAUUCUCAAGCCUCAAACCCUAUGAAGGUCCGAGGGAUUUGAAUUCAAUCUAUAUGUAGGUAAAAGGAAGAAGGUUUCAGUUGGGUAGCAACGCACUCACAAUAGAAGUUUGAAAUCAUCAAACCCUAGCUCAAGAGGAAGAUAGGAGGGAUUUGAUUUCCUUCUAAGAAUCAUGACGAUUUCUUGCUCUCAAAGUAAGAAUCAGAAGAAUGACAGACCAUUUCUUUCGGAGGACAUGUUCUUCCACAUCCUUAUUUUGCUUCCUGCUGCGUUUCUGCAUGACUGUGGGAGGUAUGUAUGCAAGGCGUGGGCUAAAAUUAUUCGCGACCCUGCUUUUAUCAAGGCACACCUCCUUCAAUCGAAGGGUGGUUUGUUCAUCCAAAAGUAUUGUAGGCCAUAUCCAGCCCAUUUCCUUGAGUUAAAAGGUGGAGAAUUCAAAGAGACAUCUCUUAAUCGCUAUUUUCCCGGACAAAUGGUCUCUAGUAGUGGGGGUUUGUCACUUUUUUGUGGCUCACAUCCUCAGAAAUUUCUUUAUGUCGGAAAUUAUGUUACAAUGCAGUAUGAGAGCUUACCUUUUCCUAUUGCAGCAAAUGAGCUUUUUCCCGCUUGUCAUAUUGCGUUCAUUCCUCACACUGGGGAGUACAAGGUGGUAUGCCAUUGUGUAAGCUUGAGAGGAGUACAUAGAUGGCUCGUGUUAACUGUGGGUAAAAAUAUGUUGUGGAGAAAACUUGAAACUCCAUUAGCAGGAAACAACCUAGAUUAUGUGGAACAGACUUCUGUCACUAUUGGAGGGGUGUUGUAUUGGUCCCAGAGGAGCAGUGGAAUUUAUGCUAUUGACCUUUGUGAUGAAUCUUCGUACUCCAUUCAAGUUCCGAAUGAAUUUGUUGAGGAGUCCUAUUGGCUACUUGAAUUGGGGCAUCGUUUAUCUUGCCUUGUGAACCAUCAGAGAGAGAUUCAUGUAUGCAUACUGAAGGACAUGCAUCGCAGUGAAUGGGAUAAACUUUACAAAGUUAGAGAAGUAAUAGACACACAGAAAUUUUCAUUUCGGACAUUCAUACCUGUUGGCUGGAUGGACAAUGGCCAAUUAUUGAUCUUCAUUAUUCGGAGGUUUGGUAACUGGAAGGAAAGGUUGAUAGGGGCUUACAAUGUGAAGACGGGAGAGACAAAAGCUUUCAAUGAUUUUGACACUCAGUUGAUACAUCUUCACACCAAUGGCCUAGCUUCAUGGUAGGCAGCGUUUGCAGUGGAAGGAAAGGAGAGAAGAUUUGCAACAGUAUUUGGAGCUCGAAAGCUAUUUCUCUCCACAAGUGAAUAAAAGACCAUACCAGCUUGGUGUCCAAGCUGUUCUGAUAAUUCUCUUGCAAUUUGUUUUGUGUGACAAAGAGUUUGCUAUAUAAUAGUCUUGGAAGUUACUUUAGGCAACUAGUAAGGUCUUGAACCCUAAAUAGAAAGCGGUUGGUGCUUUGGUUUUUUUGUUUUUUGUUUUUGUUUUUGUUUUCUGCUGUCCUAGUUUGCUUUUGUUUAUGACAUGUGAAGUUAUUUGGUACUAUCAUAAAACAAUUUAGUAGCUAUGUGAAUUUUCCUUCUA